GAACCGCUCCCCUUCGUUCCCGAAACCCCCAAACUCGCACCGAACGGCGAAGAAGACCCGGCCGGCUCGAAGCCAAGCGAAGGAUCCCUCUCGAGAAAACCCUAAUUUCAAUCCCUAAUCCGAGUCGUCUUCGUCUUCGUCUUCGACUUCGAUUCGAAUCCGAACUGUGAACAGUCGAAGUAACAGUCGGCGGUGGUGGGGGUGACGGAGGGGAUUCGCGCAAGAUCGGAGCACCGAGGCGAUCGGCGGCGGCGGCGGCGGCGCAAUAAUGUCUGCGGUAGUUUGCGGGAGCAAGCGAUCGCUGUUCGACGACAUACCUUCUCCCCCCUCGCCUCCUUCUCGCAAGAAGAUCCGCCGCUGCUCCCCGUCCUCUUCUUCUCCGUCCCCGGUCCGGUUCUCGGCGCCGGCGGCGGCUCACCUCGAUCGGCUCCUCCACCUCUUUCCUCACAUGGAACCCCAGAUUCUUGAGAGAGCGUUGGUAGAAUGCGGGGAUGAUCUAGAGGUUGCCAUUGGUAGGCUGCAGGAGCUUUGUUUGGGUCCUGCCGUGGAUAAUGGAGGAUUUUCUGAAGAGCCCGGUGUUAAUGCCGACCAAGGUGACAGAGAUGAUGUCGAUGCACCUGGUGAGCCAUCAGCCAACCUUCCAGUUGAUGGUGCAGGGUGGGUGGAUGUAUUUGUGAAAGAAAUGAUGAGCGCCACUAGCUUAGAAGAUGCCAGAGCGCGUGCCACAAGAGUGCUUGAGUUUUUUGAACAGUCCGUCAGUGGACAAGCUGGGGCAGAGGCUGCUAAGAGUCUCCAGAAGGAAAAUAUGAUGCUGAAGGAGCAAAUGGAGGCAGUCCUUCGGGAGAACACAAUUCUCAAACGUGCUGUGGCUAUUCAACAUGAACGUCAAAAGGAACAUGAGGACAAGAAUCGUGAGCUGCAACAUCUGAAGCAGUUAGUAUCUCAGUAUCAAGAACAGUUAAGAGUACUUGAGGUCAACAACUAUGCCUUGUUGAUGCAUUUGAGACAGGCCCAGCAAAGCAACUCUUUCCCUGGGAGUUAUCCUCCCGAUGUCUUCUGAUUCAGGAUCAAUCUACCAGAACGGUUCAAACCAACUAGAUGUUUCGUCCUCGGCGACAAUGUUCCUUUAUACAUAUUAUAGAGCGACUCGAAGUUGACAGUGCUCUUUCUAUCUAUGAUAAAUAGAUGAAAGGAGAACAGACUUGAAGUUGACAGUGGUCUUUCUAUCUAUGAUAAAUAGAUGAAAGGAGAACAGUGCCGGCAGGAGUUCUGCGGAGCCCGUCUUGCAUAUCUUCCCCUUUCUGUUCUUACUAGUCUUUCAGUUUGCUUCAAAUCAUCAGAUGAGGUGUUGUAUCGUAGGAAGUUGAAGUUGGGUUGAAGAUUUAUCCAAUAGUGUUCAAUUUUUUAUGUCUGAGGUUCAUUUCUCUGAUUCUGCUUGUUGUCUGAAAUCUCUGCUUGUAAUUUCCUUCGGUAAUCAAUAGAAUUAUGUUUAAACGGCUGUGUCAAUUUGCUCA